AUGCAGAUCGGACACUUCUCAACUCUAUCCCUUCUAGGGUUAUUUUUACCUCUUACUUCACAUGCCUAUCCAAACUGUCCAUUAUUGGGCCCGGAUUUCCCAGCACCGACAAAGCUCUCAUGUUCACCAACUAUUCAGAGCGCAAAGGCCAUCUUAACCCGAGCCCUCACCCAGGUCAUCAAUUCGAGCAACUCAUCAUAUGGCCCCUUCGAUGCAACCAAUACCUCAUUCUCUCUAGAGGUUUUCUCGAUACAUGAGUCAGAUCCAGUAUUCGAGAAGCAUUUUACAGCGCCGGCCGUGGCUACAUACCAAGAUGGGACGAAGAACGUGAACUCCAACACAACAUAUCGUGUAGGGAGCCUGACCAAACUCAUGACUGUCUAUACUUUCCUCAUAGAAGCCGGAGACAUGAAAUUCAAUGAUCCUAUCACCAAAUACGUACCGGAACUACGAGACGCCGCUGAAGCUCUUAACGCUACUCAGGACCCAAUCGACUACGUUGCUUGGGAGGAUGUGACGAUUGGAGAACUGGCAAGCCAAAUGUCUGGUAUUGCACGAGACUACUCUGGAUUUGGAGAGUUAGACAGUCCAGUUGGUGAGCAAGGCAUUGAUCCUUCGACACUUGGCCUACCACCUCUCAAUGCAUCCGCCGUUCCCUUGUGUGCAGGAGGGGCAUUUUGCGACAGACAACAAUUCUUCGCCGGGUUCACCAAACGACAUCCAGUCUAUGCUCCUUCGACCGGAGCUAUCUAUUCAAAUGCUGCUUACAUGAUCUUGUCUUAUGCACUGGAGAACAUCACGGGAAUAGAUUUUCCUACCACGGUUCAAAAUUCUCUAUUCACACCACUUAAUCUCUCUUCUGGCACUUCCUGGACAUUGCCGCCUGCUGAUAAUUCUACCGCGAUCAUUCCCGAUGGAAGCUCAUUUGCGCUUAAUCUUGGUGAUGAGACUGCAGCGGGAGGUAUGUACACUACCCCUCGCGACGCCGUCACCCUCGGCCGCUCCAUUCUUUCCUCGGCUCUCUUACGUCCCGCUCUCACUCGCCGCUGGAUGAAACCACGCGUUUUUACCUCUGCCGCGCUGAGCAGCGUCGGAGCGCCCUGGGAAAUCCAGCGCCUCCAAAUAUCCCCCAACCACCGCCUCGUAGAUCUCUAUACCAAAGCUGGGGAUAUUCCCGGCUACUCCUCCCUCAUCGCCCUAAUCCCCUCCUGGGACCUAGGAUUCGUCAUCAUGACUGCCGGGGCCGAUCCAGGACCGACAGACAACAUUGUGGUGCUGGCAGACCUCAUAGCCAAGAUCUUCCUACCCGCCGUCGAGACAGCAGCCAGAGAGGAAGCCGACGCUGCAUUUUCAGGGACAUAUAGGAGUUCGAAUCCUAACCUGAACUCUUCUAUAACACUCACGACCAACCCCAGGAAACCGGGCCUGGGAAUAACAUCCUGGAUCAGCAACAGCACCGAUGUGCUCGCAUCCAAGAUUGGAGCGCCUAGUGCGCGGCUCUAUCCCUCUGGACUUAGCCGGAAGCUGCCAAAUGGCGAUUCGGUGACGGGGUAUAGAGCCGUAUUUGAGGAUACGAGCGCGACGCCAAUGGGCGGCCCGUUCACGCCCGCCUGCGAGACGUGGCAGACUGUUGAUCAGACGUACUGGGGCUCAGUGGCUAGUGAUGAGUUCUUGAUUACGGUUGGGAGUGAUGGUGUGGCGAAGAGUGUUACCCCAAGGAUUACGAGGGCGAAGCUGGAGAGGGUGGAUAUUGGAGCAAGGGGGGAGGAGAGAAGCGUCAGGUACAGGGUUUGA